AUGGUGGUUAGGAUUCGUCUGUCCCGUUUCGGGAACCGACAUCAACCAUUCUAUAACAUCGUCGUGAAUCAAGCACGAACUGCUCGCGACUCAAAACCUCUCGAGGUCAUUGGAACCUACAACCCUAUCCCUCAAAAGCCCGUCGGUUUGUCAGACGAAGAAGCCAAAAGUGCCCGCGCGUACAAAGAUAUUGCUCUUGACCGAGCGCGAGCGAAGUACUGGCUUGGUGUAGGUGCGCAGCCGAGUGACCCUGUGUGGAGAAUAUUUAGCUUGAUUGGGUUGGUGGAACCCAAGCCAAACCGAAAACGCCCUGAGCCACCGGAAGUUGUGAAGAAUGCUUCAUGA